UAAAAUUGUAGUACCAGUCACUCUCCCUUUUUCCUUAUUUCAAGCCAAGCCCUUGCCUUGAAUUGCCGCGACCCACAAAAUUGAUGGCCUGAAAUUCCCCGCAGAAAGAACAAAUGGAAACUCACUCCAUUUCCCUUACCAAAUUCUCACCUCUGAGCCGCCCCAGAUGCCGACUCUCACGAGUCAACACUUUCAAAUUUAAACCUUUCAUUCUCUCUCCCGUCAUCAUCCGCCACAAAUCCCUCUCUCUUACUCUCCGUUCCCCCCACCUCCGGAUCCGCUGCGUCGCGAAUCACGACCACGACCACCAUUUUAACCAUCAUCAUCAUCACGACCAUGAUCACCACCACCACCAUCACCAUGAUUCUGCUAAGUUGAGUGGGCCCCAGGGAGCAGUGAUCGGGUUCGCGAAGGCCGUCCGAUGGAUGGACUUGGCGAAUUACUUGAGGGAACACCUUCAGCUCUGCUGCUGCGCCACCGCGCUGUUUCUUGCUGCCGCUGCUUGCCCUUACUUACUCCCAAAACCUGCUGUCAAGCCCCUCCAAAACUCCUUCCUUUUCGUCGCUUUUCCUCUCGUCGGGGUUUCAGCGGCACUUGAUGCUAUUACUGAUAUUGCUGGUGGAAAAGUGAAUAUUCAUGUACUUAUGGCACUCGCGGCCUUUGCCUCUGUUUUCAUGGGGAAUGCCUUGGAAGGAGGCUUGCUUCUUGCAAUGUUCAAUUUGGCUCACAUUGCGGAAGAAUUUUUUACUAGUCGUUCAAUGGUGGAUGUGAAGGAGUUGAAGGAAAAUUAUCCAGAUUCGGUAUUGGUAUUAAAUUUGGAUGAUGAUAAUUUGCCAAAUGUUUCUAAUUUAUCUUACAGAAAUGUUCCGGUGCAUGAUGUGGAAGUUGGCUCCUACAUUUUGGUCGGCACUGGUGAGGCUGUUCCUGUAGAUUGUGAAGUGUUUCAAGGUAGUGCAACAAUUACAACUGAGCAUUUGACCGGGGAAAUCAAGCCAUUAGAGGCAAAAGUUGGGGACCGGAUUCCUGGUGGUGCUAGGAAUCUGGAUGGUAGAAUGAUUGUUAAGGUCACGAAGACGUGGAAAGAAUCAACCCUUAGCAGGAUUGUGCAGUUAACUGAAGAAGCUCAAUUGAAUAAACCAAAGCUUCAAAGGUGGCUGGAUGAAUUUGGUGAGCGUUACAGCAAGGUGGUUGUAGUUUUGUCAGUUACCAUCGCAGUCCUUGGUCCAUUUCUUUUUAAGUGGCCUUUCAUUAGCACUGCAGUUUGCAGAGGAUCAAUCUACAGAGCAUUGGGGCUUAUGGUGGCAGCAUCCCCAUGUGCCUUGGCAGUAGCUCCACUGGCUUAUGCUAUUGCAGUUAGUUCCUGUGCAAGAAAGGGGAUAUUGCUCAAAGGUGGGCAAGUACUAGAUGCUCUAGCUUCAUGUCACACUGUUGCAUUUGAUAAAACUGGGACAUUGACAACUGGAGGGCUUAUGUUUAAAGCUAUUGAACCAAUUUAUGGACAUUUUAUUGGAAACAAGAAGACAAAUUUUACCUCCUGUUGCAUUCCCAGCUGUGAAGUAGAAGCACUUGCUGUAGCAGCUGCCAUGGAGAAGGGUACUACUCAUCCUAUUGGAAGGGCGGUUGUAGACCAUAGCAUAGGCAAAGACCUUCCUUCUGUUUCUGUUGAAAGUUUUGAGUAUUUUCCUGGUAGAGGUCUUAUCGCAACUCUCAACAGUGCCAAGUCAGGAACUAGAGAAGGUAAAAUGUUGAAAGCAUCACUUGGUUCUGUAGAGUUUAUCACUUCACUUUGUAAAUCAGAAGAUGAAUCAAGGAAGAUUAGGGCAGCUGUUAAUGCGUCUACUUAUGGAAGUGACUUCGUUCAUGCUGCCCUUUCUGUUAAUGAAAAGGUAACUUUGAUUCACCUUGAGGAUAGGCCUCGACCAGGGGUUUUAGAUGUUAUUUCCGAAUUGAAAGAUCAAGCAAAACUGCGAGUAAUGAUGUUAACUGGUGACCAUAAGUCAAGUGCAUGGAGAGUUGCUAAUGCUGUGGGCAUAAAUGAAGUCUACUGCAGCCUAAAGCCGGAGGACAAACUCAAUCAUGUUAAAAGGAUUUCAAGGGAAACAGGGGGAGGUUUGAGCAUGGUUGGUGAAGGUAUCAAUGAUGCACCAGCUCUUGCUGCUGCAACUGUUGGAAUUGUAUUAGCACAUCGUGCUAGUGCAACUGCUAUAGCAGUUGCAGAUGUCCUGUUGUUGCGGGACAAUAUUUCAUGCGUUCCAUUCAGUAUAGCCAAGGCUCGCCAGACAACUUCACUGGUCAAGCAAAAUGUUGCACUUGCCUUAACGUGUAUUAUCUUGGCCUCUCUUCCAUCAGUCUUGGGGUUUCUUCCUCUGUGGUUAACGGUUCUCCUGCACGAAGGUGGUACUCUUCUUGUUUGCCUCAAUUCCGUACGUGCUCUAAAUGACCCCUCAUGGUCUUGGAAGCAGGAUGUAUUGCAUUUGAUCAGCAAGCUCAAAUCAGAACUCACAUUAUUGAGACACAACACCAGUUCAAGCACCACCCAGCCUGCACCUUUGUAAACUAACACUUAGUUUUAGACUUUUAAGAGAAAUUUUCCCCAAUUCUUUUUGUAGUCGAGAUUGCUCAUCUCAUAUUGUUUAAACAAAAGGAAACUCAAAAUUGUAAAAAGUUGAUACAUCAAUCCAAUAAAGCUUGUAGGUUGUGCAGAGCAUUCGAAUUCCGGGCUCUGGUCGAUACAACAAUCAGCUUUUAGCAUGAAA